UUGUUUGUGUUUCUUGUUAUCAUCAUCAUUUUUUGCAAUUUUGUAUCAAAACUGAAAACUAACAAAACGUCUCAUUCUUCACUUCAUUUUCAGUGUUUUAUUUCAUUUUUCGUUUGAUAGGGUUUCAAACUUUUCAACGCAAGCUAUCUCCAAACUGUAGGUAUUAAAUGUAUUCAUUUCUAGAGUGAUUUCAAGCUUGUUUGACUGUCCCAAAAUUACUUCCGGCGAUCAAGCAAAUGAAUUUUUGAACGUGUUUUGCUUAUCGAGCUCAGUACAAAAAUGUCAGCUCCAUCGCUCAGCACUCGGGAGAAACUGCUGUCAAUUAUCGACGAUGUUGAAAUCAUCACAAAAGAAAUCCUUGAAAACGCAAUUUCCAUCAAGCACCAAAGAAUGAUCGGAGCGGAGCAAUUGAGUUUGACCAAAUUACUAAUAGCAAAAGAAAAAGAACUAAAAGAUACGUUGAAGUUGGCCGAUGAACAGGCUAAAAUUAAUGAAAAAAUGAAUUUGUUGAAAAAUGAAGUUGAAAGGCAAGAUCAGUACAUUCAGCAAUUCGAACGUUUACUAAAAGAAUCCGAGCAAAUUUUGGCAACGGCAAACUUCCAAGCGAAGCAAAAAUUGCAGUCCAUUAAUAAGGCCAAUAAACGACCUGUUUCUUCCGAAGAAUUGAUCAAGUACGCGCACAGAAUAAGUUCAUCUGAAGCGGUUUGUGCUCCUUUAACGUGGCAACCGGGUGAUCCUCGACGGCCAUAUCCAACAGAUAUCGAUAUGCGAUUGGGAUUAUUAUCCAGAUACAACGAUCCUCCAAUCAACGGUCAUAUGAUACCACAACCUGGUAAUCUGCCUGAUAUCCAUCGAAGCAAUCAUCCUCAAGGGACCAACGAACCUCCUGCGUCUAUCGCCAAUCAGUUUGCUUGGCAUACGUCCGGUGAAAUGCACAUGAGCGUUCCUGGUCAAAGUUCCGUUUCGAUUGAUACCAGAAAUCAUAAUAAAGAUAACGAAGACGUUGAAGUCAUGUCCACUGAUAGUAGCAGCUCUUCAUCUAGCGAUUCUCAAUAAAGUAUUUGAUUUUUCUGUCGAAGAAAUUCGUUGGUAUCGUUUUCGUUUAUUACACAAUUUUUUUAGUUUAAUAAUACUGUUUAUGUUAUAAAAUAUAAAUAUAUGUAGCUUGUAAACAUGAA